UCCACUGCCCCCCCUGCCCAGCGCACUCAGGGAGCGCCAGGGGGAGUCCUCGCCGGCCAGGGCUUCCCGUACCCCGGGAGUGCCGAGGGCUCGCCUGGCGGAGCUUAGCGCAGCCUGCUCGGCGCUGCCAGCGAGAGGGCGGAGGUGGACACUGGGCUUCUGUGUGCCAGCCGCAGCCGUUGGUUGGCUGGCGCCCAACCCUGGGGCAUGCCGCGGAAGCCCGACCAGCACGCACGGUGAAAGACUGGUUUAGUGGUGGCUUGACCCCGGCGCCCAGCAGAAGCCCGCAUCAGGAGCCCAAGCGGUGGGGCUGCUGGGGUCCGCUCUCGGGGCGGCAGCUGCGGGAGCCGGGCAUCCCCGGGUUCCAAGGGAAGGAGGAGGCAUGGCUUCUGUGUUCACGUGUGGAGUGGAGGACUUGCUGUUCAGCGGCAGCCGCUUCGUGUGGAACUUGACCGUGUCCACGCUGCGGAGAUGGUACACGGAGAGGCUGCGGGCUUGUCACCAGGUGCUGCGGACUUGGUGCGGACUGCGAGACGUGUACCAGAUGACAGAAGGCAGGCACUGCCAGGUGCACCUCCUGGAUGAUAGGAAACUGGAGCUGCUGGUUCAGCCCAAACUUCUGUCAAGAGAGUUGCUGGAUCUCGUGGCUUCACAUUUUAACCUGAAAGAAAAGGAGUACUUUGGAAUCACAUUUACAGAUGACACAGGUCAGCAGAACUGGCUACAGUUAGAUCACCGAGUUCUUGACCAUGAUUUGCCCAAGAAACCAGGACCAACCAUUUUGUACUUUGCUGUGAGGUUUUACAUUGAGAGCAUAUCAUUUUUAAAAGAUAAAACCACCGUGGAGCUGUUUUUCCUGAAUGCAAAGUCGUGUGUGCAAAAGGGGCAAAUCGAAGUAGACAGCGAAACCGUUUUCAAGUUAGCGGCGUUUGUUUUGCAGGAAGCCAAAGGGGAUUAUACCAGUGAUGAAAAUGCCAGGAAAGAUUUAAAGACACUCCCAGCCUUUCCAACCAAAACUCUUCAAGAGCACCCGUCUCUUGCUUACUGUGAGGACAGGGUAAUUGAGCAUUAUUUGAAAAUCAAAGGUCUGACUCGGGGUCAAGCUGUGGUUCAGUAUAUGAAAAUAGUAGAAGCUCUACCAACUUAUGGAGUCCAUUAUUAUGCAGUAAAGGAUAAACAAGGACUUCCCUGGUGGCUUGGAAUCAGCUAUAAAGGAAUUGGCCAGUAUGAUUUACAAGAUAAGGUGAAACCUCGGAAACUAUUCCAAUGGAAACAGCUGGAGAACUUAUAUUUCCGUGAGAAAAAAUUUGCUGUUGAAGUUCACGACCCACGGAGGAUUUCAGUGUCAAGAAGAACCUUUGGGCAAAGUGGCCUCUUUGUGCAAACCUGGUAUGCAAACUCUUCUCUCAUCAAGUCCAUCUGGGUAAUGGCAAUUAGUCAGCACCAGUUUUACUUGGACCGGAAGCAAAGCAAAGCAAAAAUUCCUUCAGCCAGAAGUUUAGACGAUAUAGCAAUGGAUUUGACAGAGAUGGGAACCCCAAGGAUCUCUAAACUGGUGACACUGGAGACCAAAAGUCAGUGUGUCAUGGCAAGCAAUGGCAGUUUAAUCUCCUCAGGUUCUCAAGACUCAGAAGUUAAUGAGGAACAAAAGAGAGAGAAAAUCCUUGAACUCAAGAAGAAGGAAAAGCUGUUGCAAGAAAAACUCCUGAAAAAAGUCGAAGAACUUAAGAAGAUCUGUUUGCGGGAGGCCGAGCUCACAGGCAAAAUGCCAAAAGAGUAUCCACUGAACAUAGGUGAGAAACCUCCUCAGGUCAGAAGACGUGUGGGUACUGCCUUCAAAUUAGAUGACAACUUGCUGCCAAGUGAAGAGGAUCCUGCUUUGCAAGAAUUGGAGAGUAAUUUCCUAAUACAGCAAAAGCUGGUUGAAGCUGCAAAGAAACUUGCCAGUGAGCCAGACCUUUGUAAAACCGUGAAGAAAAAACGAAAGCAAGAUUACACGGACUCAGUGAAAAAGCUCCAGGAGAUUGAAAAUGCAAUAAAUGAAUACCGAAUAAGAUGUGGAAAGAAACCCAGCCAGAAAGGGACAGUGAUUUUACCAGAAGACAUAAUCCCAUCAGAGAGCAGCUCCUUGUCUGACACGACUACCUAUGAUGAUUCCAAUGAUGCCUUCAGUCUUGCUGGGCAGCGAUCAAGUUCAGUACCUCAUUCUCCAAGAAUUCUUCCCCCCAAGUCUCUUGGUAUUGAGCGAAUCCAUUUCCGAAAGUCGUCCAUCAGCGAGCAGUUUGUGGAUACCAGGCAGUCCAGAGAAAUGCUGGCCACACACAACAGCCCUUACAAAACCCUGGAGAGGCGGCCCCAGGGAGGACGAAGCAUGCCCACCACACCGGUUCUCACCCGAAAUGCCUACAGCAGCAGCCACUUAGAACCUGAGUCUUCAUCUCAGCACUGCCGCCAGCGGAGUGGAAGCCUCGAGUCCCAGUCCCACCUGCUGUCUGAGAUGGACAACGAUAAGCCAUUUUUCUCCCUUUCCAAAUCCCAAAGAAGCAGCAGCACGGAAAUCUUGGAUGAUGGGUCUUCCUAUACCAGCCAAUCAAGCACGGAAUAUUAUUUCGUAGCGCCCGUCGCCAGCCCCUAUUACACCACACAAACCCUGGACACUCGUGCCAGGGGUCGGAGAAGGUCCAAGAAACAGAACGUGUCGACCUCAAAUUCAGGAAGCAUGCCCAACCUAGCACAAAAAGAUAGUUUGAGGAACGGCGUCUACUCCAAGAGUCAGGAGCAGCCUUCCUCCAAUUACUAUAUCUCUGGGUACACGCCGUAUGCAGAGUGCGACCUUUAUUACAGCAGUGGCUAUGUCUACGAGAACGACACUGAGGGACAGUACAGCGUCAAUCCUUCCUACCGGUCCUUGGCCCACUACGGGUAUGACCGCCAAAGGGAUUACAGCAGGUCCUUUCAUGAAGACGAAGUCAAUCGGGUGCCCCACAACCCGUAUGCGACUCUCCGGCUUCCGAGGAAGGCAGGUGCCAAGUCAGAGCACAUCACCAAAAACAUCCACAAGGCCUUAGUUGCAGAGCACCUACGUGGCUGGUACCAGCGGGCCUCUGGUCAAAAGGAGCAGGGGCACAGCCCACAGACUAGCUUUGACUCGGACAGGGGGUCCCAGAGGUGCCUGGGGUUUGCCGGGCUGCAAGUUCCCUGUUCUCCGAGCAGCCGAGCGUCUUCCUACUCUUCAGUGUCUUCUACAAAUGCUUCUGGGAACUGGAGGACCCAGAUAACCAUAGGGCUUUCUGAAUACGAGAUUCCAGCACAUUCUUCUUACACCAGCUGCUAUGGCAACAUCUAUAAUCCUUUGCCCUCUCCAGGCAGACAAUACACAGAGACCAAUCAACUGGACAGUGCAGAUGGGAACCGGCUGGAAGACAGCCUGGAGAGAGGUGAGCAGAGACUCUUUUGGCAUGAAGACUCCAAGCCUGGAACAUUAGUCUGAACUGCAGUCGAACCUCUUGACCAAGCACUGCGUUCUCACACUAGUGUGCCUUGCAAAAUGUGUGCGUCUUCCCAGAAGGCUGUUUGGCUUUAGAAACCUAAAGGCAUCAAAUGUUGAAGAGAGGACUCACAUUGCCCCGGAAAUGAAUCACACACUAAGCUGCACAAACCCUUGAACACAACCUGCCUUUCGGAGUCCAGGCGCUAACCUAACAGAGCAAAGUCAGACCACAGGUUGAACUAUUGCCAAGAGAGGACUAAGCCGUUAUCAAUAGCAAGCACUUUUUAAGGGAAUAAAAUUUGUCGAAGGCAAACCUCAAAACUAUGGAAAGUGCAUGGAUCUCCAGAGAAAAGAAGGACAGGGGAUAUACCAGAGCACAAUUCAAAAUGAUGAGAGAAGGGAAACCAGAGCUCCUUAAUCAGAAAGUUUAAAUGUGUGAGCUGAUGAAGAAUAAUGCUAUUUCUACAUGGACAUGAACAAUUUAGACAGUAUUGGAAAAUUACUUGAAGAGAAGCUGGAUUUUCAUGAAGUUCUGAAUGAGUGUAAAUGUUUUUAGGGUGUUAUAAAGAGUGAUGGUUUUCAUAAGCACCAUAAAAUGGGUUCCAGAAAGACUUAUUGCCGUAGCAUCCUGUAAUAUAACUUUAUAGUAGCAGAUUGGGGAAAAUGAAGCAGCCCACUGAAUAAUUGACACACUCUGUUUGGAGAAUUUUCUGAGGUACAAUAUCAUUGAGCUCCUUUUUUCUUUCUAUACCAAUGGCAUGAUGAGCUAUUAUUCAGGCUGGUAACUCUCCAACUUGGCUGUCAUUUGAAAUGGCAGACUUGAUAUGGAAAGUUUUAUAAAGAGCUUGAAAAAGUAUUUUAAGGUGAUACAGAAAGAACCCAAAACAAAAUUUAAAAAAAAAACCCACAUCAUUUUAGAUGAAUUGUGUGCCUUAAAAUGGUGGCCAUUAGAAAAGUAAGUAUAAGUCUGGAUUCCACAGUUAUUUCUAAGUCACCAAGUGACAAAAACAGGAUUAGUUGUUUAAAAAAAAACAAAACCAAACUCCAAGCUGCAGUAGAUUUAAUUAUGAGGCUAAAAACUACCUCAUACUUUCCAUGGAAGAACUAAUUAGCUAUGGUCUAUGGUUGAGUUUUUGGGGUUUUUUAUUAACAAAUAUUUCCAUAUUCCAGAUUAAUCUUUUUUGUCAUCUUGACUCUGCUUCAAAAUCCCAUGAAAGGUGCUCCCUCCCCCCUUUUAUACAGGUUUCUUGUCCAUAUUGUGACUAGAGAAGUUUCUGAACAACUUUUUUGGAACUUUUUCUAUCUAUAUUCCAAAGCAUGUAAUAUAUACAUAAAACGGAUUUGUUAAACUGGUCCUUAGUCAUUUGUAUCAUUAAAAAUGAAGUUUGGGGAAAACUUUGGAACAAAAAAAAGACAUGCAAAAAAAUAACUUAUUACUUUUUGCAUAUUUGUAUAGCCUUCUAGAAACAGAAAUACUCUUUUGCAUAUUCUUUUACAAUUCUGACUUUUUAAGACCUAUUAUUUUUUUACAUAGGUCAAUAAACUAAAGGUGUGCUACUGAAAAUGUUUACGUUUUCUUCCAUUUAUGUUAAGAGUUCAUACAAAUCAGUUUAAGGUGCUCUUGACUUCAAGUAAUCAUGUUGGACAAGAUUGCAGAUUCUUAGUUAUACAAUAGUAUUACCGUAUUUUAUUGAUUCCAAGAUGCAAGUUUUUUAUGUUUACAUCUCUGAAAUCAGGGUGCAUCUUUUGAUUGAUGGCAUGUUCUAGUUGAAUUGGCAGUGUGUCUUUUUCCUUUCUUAGUGAUACAUAAUAUAAUUCUGUGUCUUACAAUAAAGUUGUCUUAGAAUUGA